AGGCCUUUUUUCUUCGUUCAAAGAGUCCUCUCUCUAUCCCCCAACUUGCCCACCCUCUCUGUUUCCUUCCUAGCCUAACCUUCAUCAAGCACAACAUAUCCACACAAUGGUGAAAGCGACUCCCACAAAGACGAGCUUCGGCACAUUGCAGAAUCCCGACCAUGUCUCAAGCGCCCUUAUUAUCCACUCCUCAUUCUCCCCCAUGGACGGCGGCAGCAACUACUGCAUUGUCACACCUGGUGCUGAUCACUACCGUCUCCGCAUUUUCGAUACCGCUACUGGAACCAUUAAGAAUGAUUAUGAACAAAAGGAGGGCGACGGCAAGUGGACCUGUAUCCGCUGGGGUGCUAUCUCGGAGACUGGAGCCAACGGAGCAGCAAAGAAGAAGAGGAGAUCAUCUCUAGAAGGUAGCAACAGCCCAGUGCUCGCUCUCGGCCACACCAAUGGACAAAUCUCGGUCUAUUCCCUGGCGCACGGCCGCAUCCUUUACCAGCUCUCUGGAUCGCACACCGGGAGAGUCAAUGACUUUUGCUUCUCCAAGAGUGGCACCCGUGGCUACUCUGCAGGCGAGGAUGGUUUGAUCUGCGAGUGGGAUAUCAUGCAGGGGGUCGAGAUGAGCAAAUUCCAUGCCGAUACCAAGGCUGUCAAGAAGAUCCAGCUCAACCACGAAGAGACCAUGAUCUUGACUGCAGGACACAGCAUGAAGCUCUGGGAUCUCGAGUCACAGGAGACGAUCAAGAACUUUACAGGACAUGCCAGCGCUAUCACGAACGUUGUCUUCUCUAUCAAUGAUAAAUUCGUUGCCUCCACAGCCGAACAGGAUCGAUUCAUCAACCUCUGGGACUGUACUCGCGAUAACCAGCAAGAAGGAAACAUCACAGCCUUGACUCUGGAUAAUACAGUCUCCCAUGUUGACAUCUCACCGAACAACACUAUCCUGGCCAUUUCAGAAGAGGGUACUGCCGGUAUUUGGCAGAACGCACAGAGCGUCAGCGGUACAUCGAGCAGCAGCGCUAAGGCCAACAAGAAGAAACGCUACACAACACGCGCCUGCGACUGCCUAGUCAAGGUAGAGUCGUCCCGUGGCGACAGAUCCGUGAUUCCUUUGCUGGCAGGAGUCUUCGCCCCUCAGGGACAGAUGAUCCUCGCCCGCGGAUCGACCAUCAAGCCAGUUUUUGAGAAGAUCGAUUUCCAGAACGAGGACGGAUCAUUAAAGGAGAAAGAGUUGAUCAUGACCCGCGCACCUGUCACUGGCUUCCUGAUGGACGAAUCAGCACAGGCAGUCAGCAAUUUGAAGGCAACCAAGAAGGCAUACGACGAGAGCGCAGUAACGGUGGUCGGUGCAGCGGAUUUCGCAUUGCCAACACCAGGCAUGAGUGGAGAGAACGACGAUGAGAAGGAUAUUGACGAGGAUGCUGAGGAACUCGAGGGACGUACAAUGGAGGAGAAACUCCAGGAUCUGGUCGUGGAUGAAUCAGCAACAAACUCGACGGGCAAGAAAUCAAAACAGUCAGAGGGUAGCAAAAACAGGUACCCAACGCCCAAGGCUAACUCUUUGCAACAAAUGCUUAUCCAGGCACUGCAUUCAAAUGAUCUUCAGCUCCUGGAAGCCUGCUUGACCUUUAACAACGUGGAGGUAAUCAGGAACACAGUUCGUCGUCUUCCUACGGCAUAUGUCGUCCCAUUCUUGACGCAAGUCAUACACAAGUUUCAGCAGAAGCCCAACCGUGGAGAGGCACUGUUGGAAUGGAUCAAGGCUGUGCUGCUGAUUCACACUGCAUACCUGAUGACUGUCCCAGACCUGAUCAAGAAGCUGUCUAACUUUUACCAAACCCUGGACUCACGCGUGUCGGUGUUCCAGAAGCUGUUGAACCUGCAUGGACGCCUUGAUUUGGUGAUGAGCCAGAUCGAGAUGAGACGGCAAUACGAGGCUGAGGAUACGACGAAUGAAGCAACAACAGUGUACGUGGAGGACGAGGAUGACGAUGAUGAUGAGGAACUGGAUCUCGAUAUGGAAGAUGAUGAUGAAGAUGAUGACCUCGUUGGUGAGGCGGACGCAUUUGAUGAGGAGGAGAUUGGAGAUACGGACGAGGAGGAACUCGAGUCUGAAAUGUCGGACGACGAUGAAGACGACGAGUCUGAGGACGAGGAAUAAAGCGAUAUUUCGUUUUUGUUCUCUUGGUUCUGCGUUAUCUUUGAUAGAAAACGGUUCAUUAACGCUCGAUACACAGAACCACGCAUUCACGAGCACGAGCACACGCACGCAUCCACACGCAAACACACAAACAUUCACUUUAGCGCAUGUAAUCUUCACAGUAAAUAAGCAUUGUUUUUAUCCGCAUUAUAUGUUUGCACUGAAAUUAUUAAAAAGCAUGCAGGGU